AUUGUCCAACUUAAAGCCGCCCCAUAUCAAGCAACCCACCAUAGGAUAAGAUUAAAAGCCCCAACCCUUCCUUUGCCUUUUCUUCCAAGCUUUUCAUUUCUUAUUAUUUAAGAGUUUUUAUUUUUUCCAGAUAUAAUCUUUGAAGGGUUUGUUUCAUUUUGUGUUAAGAAUCAAAGGAAAUAAUACCCACAAAAUAAAGUUUAAUUCUUGACUAUUUAUUUUUUCAAAAUCAAGAAAAUAAAGAAAAUCUUGAAGAAUAUGGAUAUGAUGAUGUAUUACCCACUUGGGAGGUCUUCUUAUGAAGAUUCUUUGAAGGUUAUUGAAGCUGAUAUACAACAUGCCAAUGCUUUGGCUGCUGCAAUUCCUAAAACCAAAGAUGGUGCUCGAUUUCAAAUGAAAUUAGUUCAAGAUCAAUUGGCACCUCUCAUUAUGUUCUUGCUACAAUGGAUAGAUUCUUCAUGCACAUGUCUCUUGCCUAGAUACUUGAACCUUUUCAAUGUUAUCAUCUAUAAGGUAUAUACCGAUGGAAGACCAAAGAUAUCUAGACACGGGAGGAAGGCAACUGUGAGUGACUUUUAUGCCAUCAUACUACCGUCUCUUAGAAGGCUACAUUAUGACUUGGUGGAGUUGGAUAAUGGGCCUAAAGAAGAGAGCUCGGUAUUGGAGAUCUCGGGCCAAAAGAAACUAGAAAAAGAUGAUGGCUUCACUAAUAUCGAUUUGGAACGAGAAGAUGAAUGUGGAAUUUGCUUAGAACCCUGCACAAAGAUAGUCUUGCCUAACUGUUGCCAUGCAAUGUGCAUCAACUGUUAUCGCGAUUGGAACUCAAGAUCAGCAUCGUGUCCGUUUUGUCGGGGUAACAUAAAGAGAGUACAGUCACGAGAUUUAUGGGUUCUCACGUGCAACGAUGAAGUUAUAGAUGCUGAUCUAGUUUCAAAAGAGGAUUUGGUGCGUUUCUAUUUAUACAUUAAUAAUCUCCCUAAAGAUUCUCCGGAUGCCCUUUUCUUCAUGUUCUACGAGUAUCUAAUAUGAGCUGAAGAAACUAGAGGAUUUAUUGUAUAGAGGGAGAUGAUCAAAAAACAUUAAAAAAAAAAAAAAGCCGACCCUUGAAAUGUAAAUAGAGGUUGGUUGUAAGUAUAUUUCCUUCAAAUUUGUUACAUGAAAAUAAAUACAAACUUGUUCAUUAUUAUGUGCUACUCUAUAACUUUCUACUGUACAACGUAGCUUAGCCCUCUGAAUAUCACAAUCCGGGGCGGGAUAAUAGGUUGGGGCCAGGCAUGGCUUGGCUACACAGCGGCAGACUUUUUCAUGAGCUGCUCAAACGGUGGAUUACAACACCCAUUAUUUAUGUAUUGAUCCGUCAUAUGAUAGUUCAUGGACUCAGUGGGAUGGAUCCCAUCCCAGCUUAUGUAUUGGCUUGGAUUGUCGCAUAUGGAUGUACCUGCAGAACCGCACAAGGACUGAAGAUUAAAGUUCAGGUUGUCUUGUGCUGCAGAAGCUCCACAGCAAGUUCUACGAGUUUCACGAAUCUUGCAUUUUGCAGCGUUGUUUACGAUAUUAUAAUAUGCUUUCCAAGAAUCUGCAUAUAUGAUUGUAACAUCUGGGAACAACUUUCUUAAUAUUUCUAAUUUGGCUUGCAA